AUGCCUUUCAAAUUCCCCGAGAGGAAACCCGUCAAUUUCAGCGAUGAGCUUAGUGUUUCGUAUUCAUCCACCGAGAUCACAGGCGACGGCCUCGACGACGCUGCUAAACCAUACGAUGUGGAGAUUGUGGCAGAGGCAGACAUAUCAACAACAUCAAUCACCAACAUGCAGACUUUGAUGCACAUCUUCAAAGGAAACAUCGGAACGGGCAUCUUGUCUUUGCCAAUGGCCGUCAAAAAUGCGGGACUUUGGACAGGUUUGGCGGGGAUUCUGUGUGUCAGUGGUAUCGCAGUCCACUGUAUGCACAUGCUUAUAGGCUGCAACGAGAUACUGUGUAAAAGGACCGGAAAUGACGUGUUGGACUACGCGGGAGUCAUGGAGAUGAGUUUCAAGACUGGACCCAUUCCCUUGCAGAGGUUCUCAAGAUUUGUCAGGCCAUUUGUGGACGCUCUACUCAUAUUUACUCAACUUGGAGCCUGUUGUGUCUACAUCGUGUUCAUCGCCAAGAACGUUCAGAUGGUAGUGGGUUAUUUCGUGUCUGUUGACCUGGAUGUUACUGUCUAUGAAGUCUGUGUCAUGGUGGUGCUCGUGCCGUUUGCAUGCAUCAGAAAUCUGCGGUUGUUGGCGCCAUUUUCUGCCUUCGCGAACGUUCUCACAGUGGCGGGUUUAAUCAUCAUCAUACAGUACAUCGUCCAGGGGCUGCCAGACACAUCCAAGAGACCAGCCUUCAGCUCAUUCGGCAGCCUCCCGCUCUUCUUUGGCACCGCCAUCUUUACCGUGGAAGGCAUUGGUCUGGUCCUGCCCUUGAAGAACAGCAUGAGACGACCCCAGGACUUUGCUGGCUGGUUUGGGGUUUUGAACCUGGGAAUGUGUGCGACUGUCUGCUUGUACGCCACCAUCGGUUUCUAUGGUUACCUCAAGUUUGGCGACCAGAUUCAGAGCACCAUAACUCUAAGUCUGCCUGACGACAAAUUGUAUGUGUCAGUGAGGCUGAUAUUUGCCAUUGCGAUCCUGAUUACCUACAACAUCCAGUUCUACGUCCCGAUUACGAUAUCUUGGCCCAGGAUAUCGCGCCUCAUAAAACAGGAGAGGUUGAGAACAUACGGGGAAUACGUGUUCCGUAUCACAGUUGUGUUCAUCACUUUUGGAUUCGCUGCCGCUAUCCCACACAUCGAUCUACUGAUCUCCCUUAUCGGCGCCGUCGCCUGCUCGUUUCUGGCUCUAAUCCUACCGGCCCUCAUAGAGAUCAUCACCUUGGUGACGGAGGACGCGCCAGUCUCCAAGGUUAUUGUAGUCAAGGACGUGUUGAUAUUUCUCUUUGGUAUUUUCGGCACUGUCAUUGGGACGUACACAUCCCUGACUGCUAUCAUUGACACUUUUUAG